AUGUCAAGUGAAGAAAGAAAGACUAAGGUGGAUCACGACAAUCCACCUUUUUCUAGACUGUUUGUUGUUUGCUCUAAAAACCACACUGAUGACGAUAUUAAAGAAGCCUUUGGAAGCUAUGGAAAACUUCAAGAUGUUUGGGUUGUGACAGAUAGAAACACCCAAGAAAGGAAAGGGAUAGCUUACAUCAAAUUUGAGAAAGCAUCGGAAGCUCACAUUGCCAUGGAAAAACUCCAUGGAGAAACUAUCGGAGGGGAUUCAAAACCAUUAAAGGUACUUCUGGCUGACAACAAGGGCCAAAGCCGUUCAGUGUCAGGGGAAGCGAAGCCACGAUCCCGGAUAUUCAUCUUAGUUCCCAAGACAAUGUCAUCGAGCGAGGUUGAGGAAGAGUUCACCAAGUUUGGAUCUGUUGAUCAUGUUCAAAUACUCACUGAUAGAUCAUCUGGAGAAUCCAAGGGUUGUGCCUAUGUGAAGUUUGUGAAGCCCUCCUCAGCUUUCAGUGCUCUUGAAGAUUGUGACGAGAAAUACAGAGCAGUGAUUGCUGAACCCCGUGUUCCUCGGGAUGCAAGAACUGGAGGUUUCUCAAGCGAUAAUUCAAGAGAUAAUUCCUCUUCACGUCACCUUGAUCACUCUAGACGGAGCACCUACAGUAGUGCACCUUAUGUUGCUCCAGCUGAUCACCAAAACCAAACACAACCAGAAACAAUUAGUUUUACAGACCUGACUGAUCCGGGUGCCAUGCAACGACUGUACAUUGUAUGUCACACCAGUUUAUACGAAGAACAACUGUAUAGUUUGUUUGACCUAAUUCCUGGAUUGGAAUCAUUCGAGCUAAAGCACUACCGAGGAAGCACAGAAUCGCGGGGGUUCGCAUACGCAGGUUACCGAACAAUUGAGUUAGCGUGUUACGCUAAGCGCAAGUUGGACGGGUUAGAGUAUCCGCCAGGACACAAGCUGAUUGUGAAGUACGCUGAGGACCGACCAGCUGGAGCGGGAGGAAACAGAGAGCGACAGGGAAGUUCAGGAAUGAGAAUGGACACGGAUGCAUGGAACUCCGCAAACGCAGUGCAGCGCAAUGUGAGCAUGAUGGCACCCCGGUACUCAGCACCCCCCACUAUGCCUGCUCAACAAGUUCCCACCAACAGAGGAAACGAGUGUCCCUACACAGACACAUCUCUACCAAACCCUCUCCCAAUGGCAGCUCCAGGAACCGCCUGCAGAGCUAAACUCUUCCUAGUAGCCACACCCACUAUACCUGACGAGAUAGCUCUUAAAGACGUUUUCUGUCGCUUUGCUUCUCUCAUCGAAAUUAAGCUCAUUCCGGGUACGUCAUACGGUUAUAUAAGAUACGGAAUGAAGGAGUCAGCAGAAGCAGCAUGUAUGGUGCUAAACAACGGUAAGAUACAAGGAAACGAGAUCAAGCUGUCACAACAGGAAGAGGGAGGCGAUAAUAAACGGGCCAGGAACUCGUUUGACGGAGCAGCCGCUCAGUGGUAAAGAUGCAUGGCUUUUUCUUUUCGAUUGCACUGAACGUGAUAUUUACAAAUUUUAGCCCAUAUGACUUGGGCUGAGCCUAGUCCGUGAUUGAUUUGAUUUUGAAAAAAUAAGUUUUAUUCUUUGCCGUUUGGAGUGAAAUUUACAUCUAAUUUUAUAAUAUUUAAAUAUAUUUUCAUGAAGAUUUUACCACGUGUCUUGAUGACCUGUAGCUGUGGUACUGCAGCCAUUUAUUGGUUUUAUAGUUAAUAACUUAUCUCAGCUAUCUCACCUUGUUAAAUUAUCAUUGAACAUUUUAUUUAUUUAUAA